AUGGGUCAGGAUCCUCCUCGGCGGCCUUCGCAGCAAGGCUUCCAUAAUACCUUUGGGCAGGGUCGCAGUAUCAAGCGAGACUCGAUCCAAGGAGAUGGUCAACGAUCAUCAGGUGAUACCGCACCGAAUGCUAAGCGCAUUCGCACUGUCGAUCGACCUGAUGAACGGAGUCCUGUUGACCAACGCGAUCAUCUUGAAGGAUCCAGCCCAACGACGUUAGUCUCACAUAGACAACGCCAUCCCGACACCCCCAAACAGCAUCCUUCGAGCCAGUUAUCCAAGCCACUCACCAACCAUGUGUCGGGCAUCUCCUUCAAACCAGUGCUAGAUCUUAUUUUUGACAGAUUUUUCUGGUGCAAACUCAAAAGCGAGGCCAAAAAGUCUCACAAUAGGGCAAUUCAAAGUCAAGCGCACAGUCAUUACCAUCCAUCAGACUACGGCAGCUCUCCGGAGUUUAUUGCUGCUCAACAGAAGCAGAAUCUCGACGACAUGAAGAGGGCUGACAAACACGUGGGAGAACUUGACGAACAAAUCGCAUCAGCUAUGCAGCCACUCAUACGGCACAUUUCAGAAGCUUGGGGCAAGAGCUCUGAUGGAUCAAACGCUUCGGAGGAGAGAGAGGCAUCGGAGGCCAAAAUCAACACCAUCCAAACCACCAUGAAAAAGGAGAUGGAGGAAUCGUUCAAGAAAGAGGUCGCAGAGUCGCAGCAAUUCAUCAAGGAGCUGGUCGGAUCGCAAAUGGCCAAACUCAAGGAGGCGUUGGCUCAAGAAAACGAACAAAAGCUACACGCGCUUCAGAAGACGCUGGCCCAAGAGGGUGAAGACAGAGCAACCUCUCUCAGGGAGACACUGAUACAAGAAAACGAGAAGCGAAUCGCAGAAAUGAAAGAAUCCAUCAACCGGGAACACAAGGCCAAAAUCGCAGCGCUCGAGAAUGCUUUGGCAGACGAAGCCAAGAAUAAGGACAGAAUUGCAGCUCUUGAACAAAACAGCCUUAGAGAGGCACUCUCAGAACAACGACGACUCUCGGAAUCGUCAAUAAACAAGGCACAGCUCGCUCAGCAGCUGCAACAGCUUUCACUCUCCCAAGAUGACAAGUUCAGCAAGCAUGAGGCUCGCGUGAACGACCAUUCUACAAUAAUCAAGCGGCUGGAGGAACAACUAUGCGAUCAUUCCAAACUCAUUACGGAAAACAAACCGCAGAAAGAUGCAGCUACACGACUUGAUAAGCUGGAAUCUACUAUAUCCAACUUCUCGGCAGAAUGGGAGGAGAUGAAGAAGCGUGUGGAAAAGCUCAGUUCAAUUAGGUCGGCAUCUGUCCCCGAUAACAAGAUAUUGGACGUCAUCAAACCCGAAGUGGAUAAACUUGACAAAAACAUAAGGGAGAAUAUUGCAAAAAUCCAGGGCAAGCUCCAACCAUUUCUUGUGCAAGAGAGUCUUAAGCGAGAGACUCUGGAGGAACAAUUCGGCAAUAUUACUCGCCAGGUAUCUGGGAUUGAAAAAGAGCAUGCCAUAAUAAAAGCGGACUGCUCUGAGAUAAGGGAGCAGGUGAACAAUCAGAACCAACUGAAUACCCUGGAAGGGAGUCGGUUCGAUGAGAAACUCGACCGUCGAACGAGUAUGCUCAUGGAUAAAUUCAGAUCACAAAUGGAAGGUGUGUACAUACAGGUGCAAUCUCUCAACGCGUGGCAGACCAACUUCAAUACCGCGGGCCUCUACGGGAACAUCAUAUCUCACAUUAACAAAACGAUUCCGGAAGGUCCAGGUACAGCACCGCAAAUUGUGGCUCUCAAGCAACAGCUGAACGGCAUUGAGGCGCGCCUCGCGGCCUGGGAGAAUGCAAGCAACAAGAGGCGGAAGCUUCCCGGUGGUAACGUAAAGGUGGUUAAUGGCCGCCAAAUAGACGCGCAAUGA